GUGCUGCUCGCCAGCCAGCUGGCCGCCGCCAGGGCGCGGGGCAUCAAGCACCGGGUCAAGUGGAGCCGCAAGGCCGUGCCCAGCCCCGCGCAGGUCACCGAGGCGCAGAGGGUGGAGGUGCGGGCGCGCCCCGGCGCCUUCAUCAAGCAGGGCCGCAAGCUGAACAUCGACUUCGGCGCCGAGGCCAACAGGUACUACGAGGCCAACUACUGGCAGUUCCCCGACGACAUCCUCUACGACGGCUGCUCCGAGGCCAACGUGACCAAGGAGAGGUUCGUCAGCAGCUGCAUCAACGCCACCCAGGCUGCCAACCGGGAGGAGCUGUCCCAGGAGAAGCCCGACAACAGGCUCUACCAGCGGAUCGUGUGGCGGCUGAUCCGCGAGCUCUGCUCCGUGAAGCACUGCGACUUCUGGUCGGAAAGCGGAGCGGGCCUGCGGGCCACCGCGGACCAGUCCGUGGCGCUCUGCCUGCUCGCUUGCGUUUGGUUCGCAGUGAAAUAAGCUCGCGAGCGGGCGGCGAGCACACCGCAGAGCGAUCCCGGUCCCCCGCCCCCGCCCCCAG